AUGGAGAGACAAAUUGAUAGCCUUAAUAAGCAAAAAGAUGAACAAAGGAAGGCGUCUGUAAAGACGCCGUCCGUCAGUGGUCCUGAGAUUGCUGAGCUUGAAAGGCUAAUUGAGCAAAAAAAUCAGGAACUUCAAAAGCAAAAAGAGAGCCGUGAAAGGCAAAUUACACAGCUUAAAAGUGCUUUAAAAGAGCCUGAAAAGGAAAUUGAUGAAUACAUUAAGAACCUUACUGCACAAAUUGCUGACAUCAAUAAGAAAAUUGAUGACAUUAAACAAGCGGAAAGGAAGAAAAAUAAGGAUCUUAAAGAUGCAGAUAUCUCCAUUCCCUCCCAUCUUUCCAAUCCUCUUGAAACUGCGCAGGCUAAAUUGCAGUCUCAUGAGGCUUCGUUAACAUCGCUUCAAAGUCUUGGAAAGCUUAUGAAAUUCAAUGAGAGUGUUAAAACUUCUACAACCGGAGAAUGUAAAAGCAUUUUAAACAAUCUGUGCUCUGGCUUGGAGAAGUUCCUUGGUUACCAAGAAACUUCCAAAGGCUACGAUGGCACUGGCAUCGUGUACUCGGACCUUGACAGGCUGUGCGACGGGGUGAUGUCCUUUAUCCUCCAAUGUCUUAAAGGCAGUCAAACGCUUUUAAGCUUUUAUUAUCCUAAUAUUACGCAGACUAUAAAGGAUUUAGAAGGUAAAAUAGGUAAGGGCCUCGGCCUUAAGGGAUUUGGCGAAGCCAUUGGGAUUGUGCGGGAUGGGCUGCAGGGGUAUGAGAGUGGGAUGGAGGGGAGGAUUAAUCGUUUUAAAAGUUGGUAUGAUGCGAUGUUAAAGAAUGAGAUAACGGAGUUGAAUAAAGAAAUCUUAUCGUUUGGUAAAAAGCCUCUUAAAGCGCAGUUAAAUGUUGUAUCAUCCAUGGCCAAAAUGUUUCUUCAAAGAGCAACAUUCGGCGAAAAAGCAAAAAAUGGUCUCGACGAAGAAUUGCGUGAAAAGCUUGAUAAAUCUGUGGGUUUGGUGAAAAUGGCCGUUGAAAUUUUUCAAAAAAUUACUAACGAUAUUCACGUGAAUGAGGCAGCUAUGCUUGUCGAUGCGCAACUUGACCAACACGAAAAGCAUAUUAAUAGAACUGUUAAUACAGUCAUUAAUACCUUGAAUAAUCAGUUGGAUGUGGAGUUUAAAGAAAUUUUUAAGAAGUUGACAAACUUAAAAAAUGAAGCAUUGAGGACUCAAGUUGACGGUAUUCGGCAGACUGUAAAGUCAGCAAAGGAGUUGGUGCAUGACUGUGUAACGGAUUUCGAGAAAAUAUACGAGGAAAACAUUAUAAAGGAAUUCAAGUAUAUUAAAGCGCAAAUUGAAACGUUUACCCAAACCUCAUCCCCCCUUAUAUCGAUUUUUAAUAACGUUCGAAAUAAGGUUAUGGACCUCAAGCACAACGUAGUUAGUGAUUUGACAAAGUUAAAGGGCACUGUUAAUAAAGCACUGAGAGAUUAUGUGACAAAAGUUAGUGAUGCAAUGAAAAAUGGCGCAAGGUCGGCAGAUGUUAGUAGUGCUUUUGCAAACUUUGGUCAAGGUGUUCUGACUCAAACUGCCGACAACCCCGGUGUUAAGAAACUGGCUGCAACACUUGAUAAGAGUCAUUUGAAGAGCUGGUUUGAGGGCGUAAGAGAUAAUCUUGCACAUGCCUUAGAGGGCGCAUUAUUUUCUCUUCAACAAAUAGCCACCAUGCCAAACUCUACCGGCCGACAACCGCUGGAUCCCAAGCCUCUCAUCGAAGCUCUCCAAGCCGACCUUAUAGAAAAAGUGGAAACCGCAUUUGGAAAAAAUGGAUGGACCUUUUCUAUUACACUUGGACAAAAUGAUGUUAUGAAUGAAUUCCAUGCCGCCGAGCAAGCGAUUAAUGGGAGCGUUUCUCAGAUAGGUACGCAAUUAGCGAAACUAAAAAAACUCCCGGAAACUAUUAAUGAUACAAGUGAGGAAGCCCAGAAAAUUAUGAAAGAUAUUAAAAUACAAUUCACCACACUGCAAGGCAAGAUUGAGAAUAUUGAGGAUAGUGUUAGUACAGCCGAUAAUGGGUUACAAAGGGCUAUUGACGCGCUUAGUAAAGCCGUGGAACAAUCAAGGGUGUCCACAAUUAGUGAUUCUGAAAUACGUAAAGGCACACUCCUCUCCCAAGUCCAACAAUCCUUCUCCACCCUCACCUCCCAAGUCCAAUCCCUCUUCGCGAAGCAGAAGCAGGCCGAGCUCACGCAGCUGCAGACCGUCGUCACGGCGCAGUUGGCGGAGAUUGGAAGGAUUAUUGCGGAGGAUAAAGCAACAGGGGUGAAGGGAUUUUUGACGAGAUUAAAUGAAGGAUUUGACGAGACGUUAGACAUAUCAACGCUGAAUAGUAAUACAACACUAGACGAGUUGGCGAGCAACGCUAAAUUCUUUUUUUAUGGACUCAUGAUUUACGUUGCAGAUCAAGUCAAGACACCGAAACCAGAUAAAACACCGCCAAAAGAAGAGAAUGAUCAAUCCCGUCAAGUUGAUAAAAUUCGAGACGGUGUUAAUACGUUACUCAACAAACUUACUCACUUCAAUAAGACAUCCACUGAUAACCUAACGUCACUUAAAAUGUCACUUACUAACCUAACCCCUAAGAAAUUUGACGGCAACAACAACAAAUUGCUUGACCUAAUUAGUGAUGGUGUUGGUGAUUUCAUCAAGCAGUUAGAGUAUGCUUACGUGAGUGCGUACUCCGGUCAACAGCUUGGUGAUGAAUUGCUUAUUGACAUAAUGAGCUCUGUCACGAAGACAUCAGAGUUAACACACGAGGGCAGAAACUGCUCUAAAGCGAUUUGUUCUAUUAUAGACAUCCUGUAUCAUGCAUUCAACGACUUCAACUCCGGCAUUUUGCAUCCGGAGAGUUCAUGGUCCAGCCAACGUAUAAAAUCGACUACCGAUUUUGGUGCCUUUCUCAAACGUUCCGGUUACCGUGUUCCGUCAAAUCGUGACAACAAUGAUGGGGAACUCAAGAACAAAAAUGACAUGACCGGUAAUGUAAUUAAAGCUAAAAUCGACGUGCGAAUUAAUGCCCAACUAGAGACGGUAGCGUCUUGGAAAAAAACUGAUAGUGAUAUUUAUUUCAUGGACCUGCUUAACUUCCUAUACCAUGUGUUACAUGCUUAUUUCAGAGUAUGCCAUUACCAGAUUUACGACCGACCAAGGCAACCGACCACCGUAUCCCAUAUGCUCCAAUGGCUUUCCGGACUCGGUAUAAUUCCAUGCUUCCCAAACUCGAAGCAUACUUUAAGGAAUUAUUUCAUAAGCCUGAUAAAUACAAAAAUGACGAUUAUUCCACAAUUCCUGCCUACGAACUAA